GUGUGUGCGCGUGUGCGCGUCCGUGACUCCCGCUGCGUUCAUUGGCGCGUCCCUCAAGCGUGUCACAACUUUUGGUGGAUUACCCCACUUCUCUCGCGCCUCGGACAGCAGUCUCUCUUCGCACCGUUCAGCGUCCCUCCUGCUCCGCGAACUACCCAACAGCUAAGUGAGCGAGGCGGCGACAUGCUCUCUUCAUCGCUCCCCGACCUCCCUCUCCCCGGUGACUGGGCACACGGCGGCUUGGCGCCCGCGCUGCUGCUGCUCAGCGCGCUUGUACAGCUCCAGGGGCAUGGGGGUGCGGCCGCCGCGUGCUCCUCGUGCUCCGGGCCCACGCCGGCACCGGACGGCUCGGAUGAGAGUUUCCUCAUCGAGGCGGCCAAGAGGCAGAUCCUGAACAAGCUGCACCUGCGCGAGAGACCCAACAUCACACACACUGUGCCACGCGCCGCGCUCGCCACAGCGCUGCGCAAACUUCACGCGGGGCGCGUGCGGCCGGAUGGCACGAUCGAGCUGGACAACGGCGCGGCGAGCGCGCGUAUCAACGACCAAGCGUACGAGAUAGUCAGCUUUGCAGAUACGGAUGACGAAGGCUCCAGUGGCAUCGACCCCAGUCUGUCCUUCCAAUUCCUUCAAGAGCGUGGGCAGAGUGUGCAGGUGCUGCAGUCCUCACUGUGGCUGUACGUACGUCCGGGCGAUGGCCCACGCCCUGUCGCCCGUGUCUCCGCCCAGGUCUACCUGUCAGGCACAGGGCAGGCCGGCAACCGCACCCUGCUUCUCCAGCGAAGCGUGGAGGUGGCACGAGGUGGCUGGCACACCUUCCCUGUCACCAGCACCCUGCAGGCCUUCUUGGACGGUGGGCAGCGGCGCCUGCAGCUGGAAGUGCACUGUGAGGAUGGGGGCCAGAACCUGUGCAGCCGGGGCAAAGCGGACACCUCCCAGCAGCCCUUCCUGGUGGCGCAAGUGCGUCUCCGUGACGACGAAUCCAAGCACGCCCUGAGCAAGCGCUCGCUACGCUGUGGUGAUGACGUCAGCGUCUGCUGUAAGAAAGACUUCUACAUCAAGUUCAGAGACAUUCAAUGGCAGGACUGGAUCAUUGCGCCUGAGGGCUACCACAUGAACUACUGCAUGGGCCAGUGUCCGCAGCAUCUGGCCGGCUCGCCGGGUAUCGCUUCCUCCUUCCACGCCACCGUCUUCAGCCAGCUGAAGGCAAAUGGCAUCCACACAGCCAUCUCAUCAUGCUGUGUGCCCAUACAGAGACGUCCGCUCUCUAUGGUCUACUUCAACUCGCAGCACAGCAUCGUGAAGACUGACGUCCCAGACAUGAUCGUAGAGUCCUGUGGGUGCACGUAAAACAAAUGAAACAUAAAAGACAAGUUCAUACUGCAGAAGGCACUUUUACCAUGAAGAUAUUGUUUGAGAUUGUGAGCAUAUUCACCCAGAUGCAUUUCACAUGCAGUAAUAUGAAACAAUCCUAUUUAUCAGCUUAAUGUGUUUAAGGAGUUUAGAACUAAACACCUUCACACAGGCAUCGUGUUGUUUAUGCAAAGGAAGGCUCAUAAACAUCUUAUAUGAUAUUAAAAAGGCCAAAGCAGCGUUCAUUUGAAUCAAAGCCACUGUAGUGAUUAUGUGACACUCUGGGCCUUUUCACUGUACCGUUUGAUAAAUUUUCAGCUGAGGCCGCUGGCCUGACCUCUGCCUGGUUACCCAAUGAGAUGGGUAAACAGUUAUUGCCACAUGCUCAAGCGAAAGUCUAAAAAGGAAUGACGGUAAGCGGGCAUAUGUGACAUGCUGAUGUCUACAUGCUGUUUGAUUUUAAAGUUCUGGGGAGGGGGUAUAGAAUCAGAUUAUGUGUCAAUCUGCAUAUUCUAGCAAAACUUUAAAGUGUUUGACUUGUGUUUUACCAAAGUUCUCAAGGCUUUUUUGUGUACUGUUUUGUUUACGUGAAGCUGCAGAGUGUAUGUGAGUGUUUUCUUCAAAUGUAUGUUAAGUUAAAACUUUUUGUUUAGAUGCUAUGUUACUUUUUAUUUAGAGAUGUUUUUUUCUGGCAAAUGCAAUAUUUUUGGAAUUUCUGCAAAAAUCCAA